GCAUUCAGUAGAACCCGUGUUGUUCUAAACGCCAAAGCGGUUCUGAUUUGUGGUGAUUUGCUGCCUGCAAGGAGGUUGGAGCAAGGUGGGAUCGGCCUGUUCUCCCCCGCAGUGAGUGGUAGGGGAGGACACAGCUGUGCCAGAGGGUGUUCGGGUUGGAUAUCAGGAAGAAUUUGUUCACAGAAAGUGUUUCUGAACGUUGGAAGGGGCUGCCCAGGGAGGCGGUGGAGUCACCAUCCUUGGAGCUGUUCAAGAACCAGCCGGAGGUGGUACUGGGUGCUCUAGUCUGAUUGAUAAGAUCCUUGAAAUACCACUGAGACUUGGUCACCGGGGGAUGGAUUGCUGAGGACACUGCUCUGCUGUGCUGCACUCAGGGCAUGGAUGGCUGAAGGGCUCAGCCACCUUUCCUGCCUGCAGGGCAGUGCUGUUCUCCUUCCCACCAUGUGACUGGCACACCUGCACGACAAAGAGCUUCCCUUUCCAAAGAAUGAGCACAUGCCGAUGGUGCACCCUGAGUGGUCCUGACACCACCGAGUUCCUGAAGCACUAUGCCACUGAACAGCUGUCCCAGGAGGAGUUUGAGGGGUCCAAUGAUGAUCUCUCUUACUGCCUGGAGUGUGUGGUUGAAUACCACAAGGCAAGGGAAGAAUGUCCAAGGUUGCAUAAGGACCUGUGGGACUUGGAAACCGCCCGUCUUGUUGCCCACAUGGAGAAAUCCAUGCAGGAAGAAACGGGGGAGGACGAUGAGUUGUUUCUAGUGGAUGAGAAUGGAGAGACUCGACUGUCUGGUUAUGUGGGCCCUGAUUUUGAGAAUAACCUGCGAGUGCCCCUUCUAGAAAUACUGAAAUAUCCAUAUCUGCUGCUGCAUGAGAGAGUCAGUGAGCUGUGUGUAGAAGUGCUCUGUAGGAUGGAACUUGGCCACGAUGCCUUUCAGGUCUUUGAAAAAUACCCAGGAAUUUAUCUCUUUUUGGUGCACCCCAAUGAGGUGAUUCGCCGAUGGGCCAUCCUGACAGCAAGGAACUUAGGGAAGGUUGACAGGGAUGAUUACUAUGACUUAGAGGAAGUGCUGACUUGUUUGUUCAAAGUUAUUGAGCUGGGGCUUUUUGAGAAUCCAGAUAUUUACAGCUCUUCAAUGUAUGAAAAGGGUAAACUCAUCCUUCUGCCAGCUCAUUUGUAUGAUACAAGCAACUACAAGAACUAUUGGCUGGGGAUUUGCAUGUUGCUGUCAGUGCUGGAAGAACAAGCUAUGGACUCUUUGUUACUGGGCCCAGACAAACAGAAUGAUUUCAUGCAGUCCAUACUUCACACUAUGGAGAAAGAAGCAGCUGAUGAUUCUGCUGACCCCUUCUGGCCUGCCCUGCAUUGUUUCAUGGUUAUUUUGGAUCAGCUGGGAUCUAAAGUUUGGGGUCAGCUUAUUGAUCCUGUCCAAGCCUUUCAAACCAUUAUCAACAGUGAGAGCUACAAAAGUGAAAUUAAAAAUAUCCGCAAUAGCUUUAUGAGGACAAAAUCUGAACCAGAGUCAGACUAUGGUGAUGACAUGAUUACUUGCAGUCAGAUUGUGUAUAAUUACAACACAGAAAAGCCUCAAAAGGACUCUGGCUGGAAGGCUGCCAUCUGUCCAGAGUACUGCCCCAAAAUGUAUGAAGAUAUGCAAACACUGGCUAGUGUGCUUCAGUCUGACCUGGGCAAAGCCAUGCGUGUCCAUCCCAGCACGUUCCUCUGGUUCAUCCCUUUUGUUCAGUCCCUCAUGGAUCUCAAGGAGUUGGGUGUGGCCUACAUAGUAGAGGUCAUCCACUACCUGUGCUCGGAAAUCAAAGAUAUUCUCAUUGAAAGGCUCCAGCAGUGUGACAAAAUCUCCGAGUUUUUCCUCCUCAUCUUGGUGUGCAUCGUUGAACUCCACAGAAAUAAAAAAUGCCUGCAUUUGCUGUGGAUCAGCUCCCAGGAGUGGGUGGAAGCAGUGGUGAGAUGUGCUACUCUUCCAGCCAGGGUGUUUACGUGGCGCAUGGACAAAGCCUCCGGGCCCUGUGGGAAAGGCUCUUCCUCAGGAUCUUUCCAAGCCUCCAACUCUGUGCAACACGCCUGCGUGCAGCUCAUACGGAGCCUUCUCAAGGAGGGCUACCAGAUUGGGCAGCAGGCCCUCUGCAAGAGGUACCUGGACAAACUCAACCUCCUCCUGCGAGGAAAUCUCUCCAUGGGUUGGCAGCUGAACAUCCAGGAGACCCAGGAGUUACAAACGUGCUUAAAGCAAGUUAUAAGGAGUAUAAAGGGCAGAGCGUUGAGUGCCUCUGUGGCUGGAGGGAGCCAUUCAAACUCUACAGCUUUGCCAACUGUUUCUCUAAAGCCAGAGAAGAAUGUGGGUGAUAAUGGAUUCAGGACGAGUGCACAUGAGAGAGGUGACCUUCAUUCUCCAUUUGUCAUAUCAAAGGAAAGUGGAGAUUGUCAAGGGAACCUUUUCCCUAGAAGAAAAAAUGCCUGGGAAGAGGAAUCUAGAGAUGCACCUAAAAGUUCAACAUCUUGGACAACCACAGAAAGCACCUUGAUGGAUAUUAAAAAGGAACCCGAUGACUUGGCAGCUCAGGAAUUUAUCUCUUUGGCAGCAAAACUAUGUAGGAAAGUUCAGGAAAAUAGGAAUGAUGACUUUGUGACAGGGAAAUGCAAUAUGGAUAAUCAGGGCUGUAAGUCAAAUGCCCAGCAUUCAGAUUUCAGAAGAGGCAGAGAGCUUGAAGUCAGAAAGGAAGCAGGACCCUCAACAGCAGGGUAUCUGUCUGCUCAAACUUAUCUUGGUUCUUCAUCUUCAAGGAAUGGCAGAAGUGUGCAGGAGACAAGUGUAAACAGUGUGUUUCAAUCCAGAGUGGUCCCCACUAAACAGGGAUCAACAGAAACAUCCCUAGAUUGCUCUGACUGCCCUAAAAAUGGACCUGGUAUGCAAGAGAAGGAAAAUAACAGUAUUUUGCUUUUAGGGAUUAAUGACACCUCACUGAAAAAAGUAUCAACAGAAGAAAAAUCAGGUUUGUUGUUGAAGGCUGUGUCUAAGAAUAACACGGACAUGCCAACUUCAGACUGGGAACAGCCUAAUUUAAAUGACCUGGCUAAAUAUGACUGUAAACAUCAAUUUUCAAACGCCUUUUGUACAAAUAAAUUUUCAGCAAAUGGCUGUUUUCCAUCUAGGUCUGAAAACAAGAGGGAUGUGUCCAACCCUGCUCCUCAGAUCAGGCCACUGUCAGUGAAGCGUGAAUCAAGUGACAGGUUGUUGGAGUUUUCAGAAUAUUUCAAGAGGGAAAACAGUUCAGAGUGGAAAAAAGAGGAUGUUGUGACGAUGGUUUCUGAAGAUGAUACUUUAUCAGACUCCCAGGUUGAUAGAGAACUCAGUAAAUUAUCUCUAGCUGCUUAUGCCAAAAGUGUCAAUUUUCCCUUGGAGUCAAGCCAGGAAAGCUCAGUGUACCAUAAUCUAAGUGACAUUAGGAGGAAAGUGAAAGGUGCUGUAAGAUCUUCCAGUGAAGGCCAAGGUACCAGGUCUCUCUGUGAUGCAGAUUGCCCUGGCAAUCAAGUCAUUAUCAUUUCAGACUCUUCUGAUGAAGAAAAAGGUGUGGAUGACAAGGAGGAAACAAAAACCAAGAAUGAAAAUGUGUGUCCUGCAAAGCUGCCUUCGACUUCCAACAGCGUUUCUGAUAGUGAUACCAGAAUGGAAUCAGAAUCUCCAGGGCCUCCCUUGCCACUGGAUGACUGUGAUUCUCAGUGCUUUGAGUUUGAAACAGAUACUGAGAUGUUUUCAGCUUGGCAAGAUACUCAAGCCUAUGCUAUAGAAGCAACUCAGGACUAUAAACAAGAUGAUGUUUCAACAGCAGUUGAGAGUAGUUCGGAUGACUUCCUGACCAGUAGCAUAAAUGAGUGGGGUUAUGAUCUGGAUUACCUCAGUGAUGAUACCAUGGAAGAAGCAGCAAGCUCGGUAGAAAAGCGGGUAGAAGAUAUUUCUCAUGAAAAAGAAGCUGAUGAUAAAAAAAAGACAACUAAUUUGAUGUUGCAAGAGUCUGUUAGUAAGGAAGAUGCAAAAGGGCAGCUGGAGAAACAUGCAGACGAAGGUACUGCUGCUGAAGGCUUCACCCUGGGCUCACCAUUGCCUGAACCCAGAGCAUCCACAUCUGCCAUCUCAUUGGCUUCAAAGCUGGCCUGGAAGAAAAACACCACAAGCCCCCCAAAGGCUGCAGCAAAAUCUAAAUUAGCAAUGGCCGUUCAGAGGAGUCCCAAAAACCCCGCCGUUAAAACGGCCCAAACCAAAAAACUGCUUCAGAGCACCUCAGAACGUCCUCAGCCUGGCAGGUCGACGCCUGCUGUGGUCCCUCCAAGGAAGGUCCGGCAGCGUCCCGCUCCGACGUCGACGGCGGAGAAGCUGGGGCUGAAGAAGGGCCCCCGCAAAGCCUGCGAGCUGUCGCAGCCCUCCCGGGAGAGCGUCGCGCAGCUGCGCAGCCACGGCAAGGCCGCGGGGAGGGUGGGGGCCGCGCAGAAACUGAGGACCAAACUCAUCGACGCUCGGAGUUUGUCUGUGAAACGCAAUAAGAAGUUGCUGGCCUGCCAAGACCGGCAGUUCUUAAGGCAGAUGAGGCCCAAGAGAAGCGCCAAGGUGAAAAGUCCCGCGGGAAGCUCCGAGAGCAGGAACAAAAAAGGUGCCGGGGCGCGCGUGAAAUCCGCAGGACAAAAGCCUCAAAGUUUUGAACUGGCGUCUGUUGAAAGCCAAAGAGAGAAAAGAAGAGAGGAAACUGCUGGUCCCUCUGCCAGUGAGAGAAAAUUUGAAAGCCUCUCUGUGGAAGAGGGGGCAUGUGCCUCUAAAACGCCUGGUUCUUCAGACUGGAGCAGAAAAUGGGAGGAUAACAGUGUGAUGGCUCCUGUCCCUAUGGAUUCAAGUCUCUCUUCCACUGCACUUGGAGAUGAUAAAGAUGAAUCUUCAGGAAAAAGUUGUGCUAUGCUGCCUGAGAGUGAGAUGAAAACCUCAGAACCAAAUGGGUGUAAAUCAUAUGAAAGCAAUGAAGAAGAUGAUGAUAAUCUGUUUUUAACUCAGUUAGAUCCCGUGGACAUGGAAUUAUGUUCUCAGGAGGAAAGUUUUGAAGAUACUGCUAUAGCUAGUAAAACCCCAGAGGAAAUGAAUGUUGCUGAAAGCCUUCAGCAGAACGAGUCCCCAGCUAUUCCAAAAUGUCAAUACAAAGACUGCAUGGAAAAAGUGGAAAAACCAGGAGAGUCCUGCAGUAAACACGCAGCCACCAGCUCAGGAGCAGACCAUGUGUUUGCCAAACCUUCUCUCCCGCCUCCCAAAGUAAGAAAGCCUACCACUACCAAGAUUUUCAGCUCAGUAAGCUCUUCCCGGAAUGCAGCCUUCAGCAAGGACCUGGAAGACGUUAAAAAGUUACCACCACCUUCCAAAAGCAAAGUGAACGCGGCGAAACCCGCCGUGGUCAGGCCACCCCUCCCAAAAGUGUACACACCAAUAGGAAAUCAACCGUGCAAGACUCCAGCCUCCAGCAACGUACCUCAACCCCAGAUCUCUAAUAAUGUUCUCCAGUCACAAAACAGACAGUAUGACAAUGCUUUGAAUAUCUCCAGAGGGUCUGGACGAGGAGCAUAUUCCUCCUUUCUUGGCGCUCAGCAGCGUGAUUACAGUGUUUUUGUUAAUCAGGUCCUAAAGUGGACUUACGAAAUGUUUGCAAACUUCAGCUGCUUUGGAACUCCGAAUAAUCUCCUGCAGUCUGUGGUAGCCUCUGUUCCUGUCCAAUUUCAGGACUACAAUGACUAUUUUAAUACCUUUUUCCCCUUGAUGAUGCUGAAUGCCUUUGAAACACUGGCACAAGAGUGGGUAGAAAAUCAGAAAGCAAGAGAGAAGAGUUACUGCUUCACCUUGGAGAACUUCUCUGCUGACAUGAACACAGCACAUUUUACAGCUCAUUUUCGAGAAGGAGACUUGGCAAGGCAGCUUCAUCCAAAGGAGGAUGACUUAAUCCUUUUGGUGGUCCAAAUGGAAGAAGACACCUUUGGGGAAGAAAGUGGGAUGGAGAACCACGUGGUGAAUCACGUUGGGCUCGUGACACGAUUUUCUCGUGCGUCCGGUUAUACAGCGAGACAGCAGGAGCAGCACACUGUCUGUCAUCUCACUGUGCAAACCAGAGGCAACCUGUCCUUCUGCAUCCACAAGCAAGUGAAGUGUGUGGUGGUUGGGUCCCUGGUGACCACACACCGAACCUUCAAAGGUCUGCUGCUGCUGAGCAGGAGUCCCCUGGCCAGACCCAUCAUAAACCCCUGCUACAAUGACUUCUGUCCCAGAGAUCUGCCUGUGGCCUCAGGAAGUGCUGCUUCUUUUAUGAAUGAAUACAAUGAAGAUCAAAAGAGAGCCAUUGAGACAGCUUAUGCCAUGCUAAAGCAACAUCCAGGGCUUCCCAAGAUCUGCCUCAUCCAUGGGCCACCUGGGACAGGGAAAUCAAAAACUAUUGUAGGACUUCUGUCUCGUGUUUUGAGAGAAAACACCAGGAAUGAGAAAACAGCCCGGAAAAAGAAUUCCAAGAUGAAGCCAAACCGUUUUCUGGUCUGUGCCCCAUCAAACGCUGCUGUGGAUGAGCUCAUGAAAAAGAUCAUCGUGGCCUUUAAGGAAAAGUGCCAAAACAAACAGGAGCCUUUGGGAAAUUGUGGUGAUAUCAAAUUAGUGCGACUUGGUGCUGAAAAAGCCAUCAACAAUGAAGUCCGGGCAUUUAGCCUGGAUAAGCAAGUGGAACAUAGAAUGAAACGAAAGCCAGGGGACUCUGACCAGGAUGUUCAGAAGAAAAAAGCAGCUCUGGAUCAGAAGCUGGACAUGCUGUCCCGGCAGCGGGCCAUGCACAGAUGUGAGAAGAGAGAGAGUCAAAUGUUAGAUGAAGAGAUUGCCAGACUUGCAAAGGAGAGACAACAACUUGCUUCUCAGCAAAAGGAGGUUCGUGGGCACUCCCAGAAGGUCCAGACAGACAUCAUCCUGGAGUCUGACAUCAUCUGCUGCACCCUGAGCACCAGUGGAGGGAGUCUGCUGGAAUCAGCUUUUGCACGACAAGGCCACGACCCCUUCAGCUGUGUCAUCGUGGAUGAGGCAGGGCAGUCCUGUGAGGUGGAGACACUGAUUCCACUGAUCCAUCGCUGUAAUAAACUCGUCCUUGUUGGAGAUCCCAAACAGCUCCCUCCUACUGUGAAAUCAGUAAAAGCUCAGCAGUAUGGCUAUGACCAGUCCUUGAUGGCACGUCUGCAGAGGCUCCUGGAGGAGCAAGUGCAGAGGAACGUUCUGCGGAGCCUGCCCGUGGUGCAGCUCACUGUGCAGUACAGGAUGCACCCCGACAUCUGCCUCUUCCCAUCCAACUAUGUCUAUGGCAAAACCCUGAAGACUGCCAAAGCAAUAGAAGAGAACAGAUGUUCUUCAGACUGGCCAUUCCAGCCCUACCUUAUUUUUGAUGUAGCAGAUGGUCGUGAGGAGCGAGACUGCGACUCUUACAGUAACCCUCGGGAAGUGAAGCUGGUGAUGGAAUUAAUUAGAACAAUUAAGGAAAAAAGGAAGGAUCUGGGUCUUCGUCGCAUUGGAAUAAUCACCCCUUACAGUGCACAGAAAAAGAGAAUUCAAGGUCAACUGGACAGUGUGUUUAGGAAUAACAGCCCAGGAGAAGUGGACACAGUGGAUGCGUUCCAGGGUCGAGAGAAGGAUUGUAUCAUAGUGUCCUGUGUCCGGGCAAACAGCUCUGAGGGGUCAGCUCUGACAUAUGUCCAGGCAAACAGCACCAAAGGAUCCAUUGGGUUCCUGGCGAGUCUCCAGCGCCUGAACGUCACCAUCACCCGAGCCAGGUUCAGCCUCUUCAUCCUGGGCAGGCUGCAGACCCUCAUGGAAGAUAAAAACUGGAAUCACUUGAUUCAGGAUGCUCAGAAGAGAGGUGCCAUUAUCAGGACAACGGAGAAGAACUACAAGAAAGAUGCUCUGAAGAUUUUGAAGCUCAGGCCAGCAGUGCAGCUCCCAGCCAAAGCAGGGACAAUGACAGCUCCUCUGGUGCAGGCUGGUUCCAACAGUGGCAAGAGGGGUGAGCUCACAAAUCCUGGGAGCAGCCCACGGGAAGCUGCUGCUGGCCCUGGCCAUGCAGUGCCCCAAGGAAGCCGAGGGCCCCCACAGCCUCCAGGGGCUCCAGCUACAGAUUCCAGGAGAGGCAGUGCCCCUGCAUCCAUGGGGACUCCUGCUGCAGAUUCCAGGAGGGGCAGUGCCCCUGCUCCCAUGGGGGCUCCAGCUACAGACUCCAGGAGGAGCAGUGGCCCUGCAUCCAUGGGGACUCCUGCUGGAGAUUCCAGGAGGGGCAGUGCCCCUGCAUCCAUGGGGACUCCUGCUGGAGAUUACAGGAGGGGCAGUGCCCCUGCAUCCAUGGGGACUCCUGCUGGAGAUUCCAGGAGGGGCAGUGCCCCUGUGCCCGUGGGGGCUGCAGCACUUCCUGCCAAUCCAGAGAAACCACGAGACCCAAGGCUGGCCAGUAGAACUGAGACAAAAGGGAAGGAGCAGGCCUUGAAAGAUGGCAGUUGGUCAGCCCAGAGCAAUCCAGGAUCCACAUCACAGCACGGCCUUAAUGCAUCCUCAGCUGCCAGGGAUCAGAUUUCCAGAACAGAAAACCUCGGGAAGGCCCAGCAAACAACAGGACAGUGCAAUGUGCUUUCCACAUCUUACACAGCUCAGCACGAGGGUGACAGGAGAGGGGCUGUGUCUAAAAGUGGUUCAAAACCCCUCAGUGAAGGAGGUCAGAGCAAUAGCAGUGAGGGGAACAGGGACUGUCGUGGUUCAACCAGGAGACCAUCAGAGGAACCACCAGAGAACACAGAAUCAGGCACUCCCAAGCGAAGAAAGAUCUUUCAUUGACUUCACUAUUGGCUCAUCACUGGAAAGUGUAUUCCCAGAUUUCUGUCUAGCAAGGACUGUAUUUUAAAUUAUUCAGCACACCUGGAACUCCCUCCUUUUAGAUACCACUACUCUCAGUAGAUGUUUUUCCCUUCCUGUCCCUGGUUGUGAAGGGACUUCAUACCUGACAGGUGGGAGCUUUGAGGUUUGGGAAAGAGAAGUUGGGCAGCUGAAUUGCUUGGAAGAGCAGUGAAUUUUGUCAUCUAGGAAGCUAAGGUUGUAAAUGUUUAACAGUGUAUAUUUGUACAGUAUACAGAAUUAUUUUAAGAUUUAAUUUGGCAAAUAUGUAGCUUCUUUUUUCCUUGUGUAAAUGCUAAUUUCUUAGAGAUGUAAUUUUUUUAUGAAGAACCAGAGCAAAGCGAAAAAACCACCCCAAACAAAACCACCCCCAAAUCAAAAAAACAGCCAGACUUCUUUUUCCCUUUGCACUAAUGAGUCUAAUUUAUUUAAUAGCAAAAGUGAAUGUUGAAAAUGUGGUAGCAGUGGUUCUUCCUCAUGCUCCACAAGUGCCUCAGGAAAGACUGAGGCAGAUGUACAUUGGUUGAAUGGAGAGAAUUCUACUUAUUUUGUAUAUUUUAUUGCCUGUUUUUAUAGGAACAGAAGAGUUUUUGUUUGUACAGAUGUGCCUUGAGUUUUGCUCUUGCUGCUGCUCCAUCAGUUGGAAUCCCUUUCCUGUUGCAGUGGCAACACAACCUGCAGAUUAAAACCCACAAGGUCUGUUUGUGUCCAUGUGAGGAAUAAUCAGUAGCACUGUGGAAUCUUGGUCAAAGAUUUAGUUAACAGUUAUUGGUAAUAACACCUGAGUUUCUUUGUGUGGAGCUUUUUUGAGAUCUACAGGGGUAAAAAGGGCAGGUAGUUCUUUCUAGGUGUUAUUACUGGAUUCUUUCCACUGUGCUGGUGAGGAAUAUACAGCCACUAACAGGGGAUGAGGGAAAACCAAACUAUUUGUAAGGAAGCCUUCCUCUAAUCACAACAUCUCACAAUAAAAGUGGAAUUAUUUCUACUAAGAAUUCCUUUGGGUCACUCUGAAGUAUCACUUUUCUUUUUCUGGAGCCAUGUGUCUGUCUCAGGGAGGGGAAGAGCAACAUUUCACCUGCACAGAAUUUUGCAUGGAGGCAACCUGGGAGUGCAGCACCUUGGGAAUGGAGUGGUUGUGGUGUCAGUGCCAGUUGGGUGCACUGGGAGUGUUGGGCCAUCUCCCUGUGUGUGUUCAAGUACAGCCUGAAGCAGACAGGGCCCUGCUGUCCCUUGCUCACUGACUGAACCUGUGUCAUGCCAGGGGCUUUGCUUGAAGCAAAAGAGCCACCAGAAUUCUCUUUGCCAUCAUUUCUAGUUCCAGUUUCUGUCCUGCACUCAGUGAUCAGUGUCAGCUUUGCCCCUUUUAACCCUCCCUUGAACGGGUCCAUGGGAUCCAGUCAAGGGAAACUGGACUUACAGCACUAACCCUUGGGUGCUGGUUCACACUGUAACUGCCAGUAAAACAUCCUUUAAUGCAUCCCAGCCUGGAACAAAGGUGCUUUACUGGCAGCAGCUGCACUGUGGGUGUGUUGGGAGGCUUUUAGUUGCCAUCUGUGACUGUCUAGCUUGUGCUGUGCAGGACAGAGCAUUUCAGUGUAAUGGGAGAAUCCUUGAGAUCCCUGUGAGGUGGGAGCAGCAUCUGUGCAUUGUCUGGCUUAAAUUACUUGUUCUGUUGCAAUCUGAGUGGCUUCAGUGAGCCCUGACCACCUCUUGUCAGCAGUGUGUGCUCCUCUCCAGCUGCUGGGGCUCUUGUUGUGAGAGGAGGGAAGGCAGCUGGAGUGAGUCUGACUUUAGUGAACCGGACAUUUCGGUCACUCCCACCUCACAGGCUCCCUGCCCUGUGUGUUAUCUCCCUUUAUGUUAAUAGGAAUAUUUAAAAACUACCAUCUUUCAACCCCCUUGGCUCUUGUUGGCAGGGCUGUGCUGCCCUGCCUGCUGUUUGUACUUAGCACAUUAAAAGGCUGCUGCUCUGUGAACCCCACGGCUGGGGAAGCCAUUUGGACUGUCUUGAUGUAAAUAAAGUGAAGCUGGCAACAAAAUAAAAUGAGGAAAUGCUUUGCUGGUAAUUAAAUACAACUUUGUCACAAGAA